AUGAAGGCCAACACUCUCCUACCCAUUCUGGGUCUCUCUGGCAGUGCUUUGGGUGCUGCUGUGGCCCGUAGCGCCCAGGAGCCUUGGGGAUACAAGUCUGGUUCCAAGGAGUCUAUUGCCAACCUGAAGGACAAGAUCGAGAAUGUUGUCUGGAUUCUGCUGGAGAACCGCGGAUUCGAUAACAUCCUGGGUGGUGUUCACAAGGAGGGUCUUGACAAUGUUGUCAACAACGGUCCCUUCUGGAACCCUCAGCUUGUCAACGAGACAGAUAGCAAGAAGUGGUACAGUGUCUUCAAGGACUUCGACUCUGUCCUUCACGACCCUGACCACUCUGUCACGGGUAACAAUAUGGAGUUCUUCGGAACUUAUCACCCCGAUAACCAGGCUAUUGCCGAUGGCACCCUGAAGCCUAACCUCAAGGGCUUUGUUGAGCGCCAGAUGGCCGUCUACCCCGGCAUCUCCGCCCAGCGUGCCACCGAGGAGGUAAUGGGAUACUACUCCGAGAGCGAGAUCCCGACUCUGGUGGAUCUGGUUGAUGAGUUCACUACCUUCAACUACUGGCACUCUUGUGUCCCCGGUCCUACCAACCCCAACCGCCUUUGUGCCGUCUCCGGUACUUCGGAUGGCCACGGCGAGAAUGACAACGAUUUUGAUGUCUCCGCUAUCGACACCUCGAGCAUCUUCGAGGUUGCUACCUCCAAGGGUAUCUCGUGGCGUAACUACGACGGCACCAACGGCGACUUCUUGCCUGACUCCAUGUUCUUCAACUGGACCGCUCAGAAUGCCAAGGAAAACGUUGUUCCCCUCGAGAACUUCUACCAGGACGCCUAUCUCGGCCUUCUGCCCCAGCUCUCCUACAUCAACCCUUCCUGCUGUGGAGAGAACACUAACUCUAUGCACCCUUCCGGUAACGUCUCUUUCGGCCAGGUCCUGGUCAAGCAGGUGUACGAGUCCCUCCGCGCCAGCCCUCAGUGGGAGAAGACUCUCCUCCUUCUGACCUUCGAUGAGACCGGUGGCUUCUUCGACCAUGUCCAGCCCCCUCUUGCCGUUCGGCCCGACAACAAGUCGUACACUGAGACUGCCCCCGAUGGAAAGAACUACACUCUGAACUUCGACCGCCUUGGUGGCCGUAUGCCCACCUGGUUGAUUUCUCCCUACGCUCCCCAGGGUCACGUUGAGAACUACGGUGUCAACCCUGUUACUGGCAAGUCUGAGUCCUACAGUGCUACUUCAGUUCUGAAGACUCUGGGCUACCUGUGGGGUCUCGAGGAUGCUACUCCUCGUGUCUCGCACUCGCCUGCAUUUGAUCACCUUAUUGGUCCCAAGGCCCGUGCUUCUGCCCCUAAGACCCUGGCUGUUCCCAAGGUUUUCCCCGAUGCGGUUUAA